AUGGAGCUCUUCACAAAUGGAGCUCUGGACGGCUGGAGUCCUAAACGGCUGGAAUAUAUGGAACGAUGGGAUCAGCAACUCGGGUGGUCGUGGAGGACCACUUUAACCGAGGACCACGAGGCCGACCACGAGGCCGACCAAGAGGCCGACCACGAGGCCGACCAAGAGGCCGACCACGAGGCCGACCACGAGGUCGACCAAGAGGCCGACCACGAGGCCGACCACGAGGCCGACCAAGAGGCCGACCACGAGGCCGACCACGAGGCCGACCACGAGGCCGACCAAGAGGCCGACCACGAGGCCGACCAAGAGGCCGACCACGAGGCCGACCACGAGGUCGACCAAGAGGCCGACCACGAGGCCGACCACGAGGCCGACCAAGAGGCCGACCACGAGGCCGACCAAGAGGCCGACCACGAGGCCGACCACGAGGCCGACCACGAGGCCGACCACGAGGCCGACCACGACGCUCCUCCACUAACAAGAGCCACACACUUGUUAAAUAUUGCUAUUGAUCCCUCACCACCAACGGAGCCCUCACCACCAACGGAGCCCUCACCACCAACGGAGCCCUCACCACCAACGGAGCCCUCACCACCAACGGAGCCCUCACCACCAACGGAGCCCACACCACCAACGGAGCCCACACCAACGGUGCCCUCACCACCAACGGAGCCCUCACCACCAACGGAGCCCUCACCACCAACGGAGCCCACACCACCAACGGAGCCCACACCAACGGUGCCCUCACCACCAACGGAGCCCUCACCACCAACGGAGCCCUCACCACCAACGGAGCCCACACCAACGGAGCCCUCACCACCAACGGAGCCCUCACCACCAACGGAGCCCUCACCACCAACGGAGCCCUCACCACCAACGGAGCCCUCACCACCAACGGAGCCCUCACCACCAACGGAGCCCUCACCACCAACGAAGCCCUCACCACCAACGGAGCCCUCACCACCAACGGAGCCCUCACCACCAACGGAGCCCUCACCACCAACGGAGCCCUCACCACCAACGGAGCCCUCACCACCAACGGAAGCCCUCACCAACGAAGCCCUCACCACCAACGGAGCCCUCACCACCAACGGAGCCCUCACCACCAACGGAGCCCUCACCACCAACGGAGCCCUCACCACCAACGGAGCCCACACCACCAACGGAGCCCACACCAACGGAGCCCUCACCACCAACGGAGCCCUCACCACCAACGGAGCCCUCACCAUCAACGGAGCCCUCACCACCAUCGGAGCCCUCACCACCAACGGAGCCCUCACCACCAACGGAGCCCUCACCACCAACGGAGCCCACACCACCAACGGAGCCCUCACCACCAACGGGGCCCACACCACCAACGGAGCCCACACCAACGGAGCCCUCACCACCAACGGGGCCCACACCACCAACGGAGCCCUCACCACCAACGGAGCCCACACCACCAACGGAGCCCUCACCACCAACGGAGCCCUCACCACCAACGGAGCCCUCACCACCAACGGAGCCGUCACCACCAACGGAGCCCUCACCACCAACGGAGCCCUCACCACCAACGGAGCCCUCACCACCAACGGAGCCCUCACCACCAACGAAGCCCUCACCACCAACGGAGCCCUCCCCACCAACGGAGCCCUCACCACCAACGGAGCCCUCACCACCAACGGAGCCCUCACCACCAACGGAGCCCUCACCACCAAUGGAGCCCUCACCACCAACGGAGCCCUCACCACCAACGGAGCCCUCACCGCCAACGGAGCCCUCACCACCAACGGAGCCCUCACCACCAACGAAGCCCUCACCACCAACGGAGCCCUCACCACCAACGGAGCCCUCACCACCAACGUAGCCCUCACCACCAACGGAGCCCUCACCACCAACGGAGCCCUCACCACCAACGGAGCCCUCACCACCAACGGAGCCCUCACCACCAACGGAGCCCUCACCACCAACGGAACCCUCACCACCAACGAAGCCCUCACCACCAACGGAGCCCUCACCACCAACGGAGCCCUCACCACCAACGGAGCCCUCACCACCAACGGAGCCCUCACCACCAACGGAGCCCUCACCACCAACGGAGCCCUCACCACCAACGGAGCCCUCACCACCAACGGAGCCCUCACCACCAACGAAGCCCUCAUCACCAACGAAGCCCUCACCACCAACGAAGCCCUCACCACCAACGAAGCCCUCACCACCAACGGAGCCCUCACCACCAACGGAGCCCUCACCACCAACGGAGCCCUCACUGCUGCUGCAAUAUCAGAUUUACCGGUAUUGAGGGCUUGGCGGACGCCGCCCCGCCCCCGCACGCGGCGCAACCAAUCACGGCCCGCCGGCGCCAGUGGGCGGAGUCUGCGGCGCGAACAGCUGCUGGAUUGGUGGAGCGGUAGAGGGGGCGGGACCAGUGGCGGCCGAGGGGGAGGAGCCUGGCGAGGAACAGGGUGGGCAGUACAAGAAGAUCUCAAUACCAUUACAGACGGACAGUAA